CCUUCUGCCGCGGCCCGCAGACCAGCCGCGCUCUGGAGCUUUGGGAAAAUUGCGCGGGCGCCUGAGGCUUCACGCAGGCGCAGUGCAGGCCCGUCCGAAGGGGCUGAGUGCGGUCCGUUGGGCUCCCCACGGCUCAGCCCACAGCCCCGAGUCCUGGGAGCCGCCCCAGCAUCUCCGCCUGGAAUGUGGGUGGACGAGGGUCACCUUCACCCAGGAAGCUUCCAGCUUCUUCACUUGAGACCUCACCGGCUCCCCAGUUCCAGAGAUGAUCAAGAGGGAACAGCAGAUGGUGAACUGGGGGACUCCCCAGGGCCCAGGACCCGGGGUGUCCACCGUGGUCAACAUCCAGACUGAGACCACCGUGCCCGACCACAUCGUCUGGUCCCUGUUCAACACGAUCUACUUCAACUACUGCUGCCUGGGCUUCGUGGCGUUCGCCUACUCCGUGAAGUCCAGGGACCGGAAAUUGGUGGGUGACGUGAUUGGGGCCCAGGAGUAUGCGUCCACCGCCAAGUGCCUGAACAUCGUGGCCCUGGUCCUGGGCCUCCUCGGGACCAUAGGAUGCAUUGUUCUUCUGGUGGUGGUGUUGCCGGCAGCCUACCAUGCAGUGGUGCAGAGCAUGCAGCACUUUGGCGGAGGCUCCUAGGUGCUGCCCUUGGCCAGGGGACCACGUCCUCCCCACCCCUCCCGGCCCUGCCCCCACCGCCCACCCCUCCACACAGCGCUGUGCACGGACAUAGCUGUCCCCACUGAACCCAAUAAAGUGCCCUUGGAUGUGAUGAUGCCGAUGUUUCCUGGGCCGCUGCCCCUGCUGAGUGCCCAGCCUGCCCCUGAGACUGAGCCCACCACCCACACCCUGGCCCACCUGCUUGCUGCUCUGAGGGGGGCCCAGCUCUUUCUCAGAUGUUCCUGGUUUCUGGUCUCCCGCUGGGAGCAGCAGCUGGGACAGGGCCCUAGGGAGGGGCUUGGUCCUUCCCAGUAUCUGAGCCCUGAUCUGAGGGGGGCUGGGUCCAGUUCACCCUGGGCCCUGAGGACAAGCCUCCCUGACCCCGGGCUGGCCGGGAGCAGGGGUGAGUGCUGCAGACUGGUGCCCUGGGAGGCCAUGGUGUUUGCAGGUCCGGUGCAGGGUGGAGCCCGGCCCCACAGCCCCUCCUGGGUGGUCCCGCCAUGGCUGUGCUUCCCCCAGCCCACCAGCUCUGUCCUUGCUCCCCCUCAGGGGACAGCAGCAGAGGUGUGCUGGCACCAGGGAGGGACGGAGCAGGCAGCCCUGAGGGACAGAAACCCUGAGAGGAAGGACCAAAUCCUCCCACCAAACAGGCUGGGCCUGCUGGCUGGAGCCUCUGCCAGUGUCCCGGAAGGGCCCCCCAGCCUUUGGGGACCCCAGGCGUGGGGUGGGAGCUUUUUCCAGGGCCACUGAUGCACAUGGGGCCUGGGGCUGUCCUCAGCUUGACCCAUUCCCUGCCGGCAGACCCUGCAGCCACCACGGAGAGGCUGGGGAAGUCGGGGGGGGGGCACAGGCUGGUGUUGGGGGAUGAACCCGUCUCCCCGUGAGCCUUGCCCUUUGGGGACCUGGGUUCAUUGGGGCUCCAGCUGUGGGGUGAGGUCAGUCCUGCUAGCUGUGGUCUGGGGGCAGCAUCUCUUCCCCCUGUGGUCUUGUUGGGUCCUGGCGCACGUGUGAUCCUGACCCUGGCCCCCUUCCCCCCACACCCUGUUCCAGCCCGUGUGGCGCCCUGAGUCUGGGGCCUAAAGAGGGCUGUGCUGUGUCUGCAAUAGGCCUUGCCUAUCAGGAGGGCACCCCUGUACCCAGGGGACCCAGGGCUGAGCAGGAGGGGGUCAGGCCCAGGGAAGGGGUCCUGCAGGAGAGGACGCUGGCAAUGAGUUUGUUCUCCCCAGGCGGGGCCCUGGUGUCUGGACGGUGGUUCGGGCAGUCUGCCCGCUGGGCACUGGAGAUGGAGGGGCAGUGGUUUCCGUAGCCCUGGCCUGAGGCUGUCCUGAAGCCGAGGUGCCCUUGUCCCCGCCAGGGCUCGGAGGCGGCCCCUCUGACCCUCUGCUGCAGGGGAGGAGCUGUGGUGGG